GAUUCCCCAGGUCUGGCUGCAGUGUUGACUGAUGAGUGUGGAGCUGUGGACUCGCUCGGCUCUUUAACGUACAUUUCCUCUGUUUGGUGCUCGGUGGUUCCACGGGACAUUUCCCCCGGAGGUGAACGUUACGCGGUCCAUGAUGUCUGUGGCCGGGCUGAAGAAACAGUUCCACAAAGCCAGUCAGCUACUCAGUGAGAAGAUCAGUGGGGCAGAGGGGACAAAACUGGACGAUGACUUCAUGGAGAUGGAAAGGAAAAUUGAGGUGACCAACAAGUCAGUGUUUGACCUCUUGUCCAAAACAACAGAGUACCUCCAGCCUAACCCAGCCUCUCGAGCCAAACUAAACAUGCUGACAACAGUGUCUAAGAUCCGAGGGCAGGUGAAGACCACCGGCUACCCUCAGACUGAAGGCCUGCUGGGAGACUGCAUGCUGCGCUAUGGUCAUGAACUGGGAGAGGACUCCGUGUUUGGCUGUGCUCUGCUGGACAUGGGUGAGGCCAUGAGACAGAUGGCAGAUGUGAAGGACUCCCUGGACAUAAACGUCAAACAAAACUUUAUUGACCCCAUGCAGAAUCUACAGGACAAGGACCUGAAAGAGAUCACGCACCACCUGAAGAAGCUGGAGGGCCGCCGGUUAGACUUUGACUAUAAGAAGAAGCGUCGGGGGAAAAUCCCUGAUGAGGAGAUCCGACAGGCUGUGGAGAAGUUUGAUGAGAGCAAAGAGCUGGCUGAGAGGAGCAUGUUCAACUUCCUGGAGAAUGAUGUGGAGCAGGUGAGCCAGCUGUCAUCACUGAUCGAGGCGGCCUUAGAGUACCACCGGCAGUCAUGUGAAAUCCUGGAGGAGCUGAGUGGAAAGCUGCAGAAGCGGAUAUCAACAGCCAACUGCCGUCCCAAGAGAGAGUUCAAGCCAAAGGUGAUAAGGAGCAACACCAACACUCUGGACAACAGUCAGCACAACGGCUUGUCCUACAGCUCCUCACUUAAAUCCACCGAUAUCCAGAUCAACCACACAGUUAAUGGGAAAAUUGAUCAUAUAACCACUGUACCACUGUCAUGGCCUGACAGCCCCACUACCAAUGGCAAUCUGCACCAGUCGGAGGUGCUUGACCAGCCGUGCUGUCGCGCCCUCUACCACUUCGAGCCAGAGAAUGAGGGCGAGCUUGGCUUCAAAGAGGGUGACAUCAUCAUCCUCACAAACCAGAUAGAUGAGAACUGGUAUGAGGGCAUGAUCAGUGGCGAUUCUGGCUUCUUUCCCAUCAACUACGUAGAGGUCAUCGUCUCCCUCCCUCAGUGAAGCCCGGCACCCCCGAGUCCUUUACAGACUCCGUCUUGCCUCAUCACGUUCAGCCUCCGUCCUCAGCUCGACUCUGACCAGAACAUGUACAGAGCUGGAUCAACCUGAAGCUGAAGGGAACAUUUUGUCUUCUGAUUUUCAUUCUGAGCGGGAGAGCUAGUAGGUCUGUCCCAAGCCAACGUAAGAUCAGAUGACGUUAAAUAUUUUAGUUUUUAAUAUUCACGAGACUGAAACCAAGUGAAAUUCAAGCCAUUAAGUGCGACACUCUGCCUGGUGGGAUCUGUUGUGUCCUUCAGGUCUGACUGAGGUCAAGGUGUCAAGCUGUUGUCAGACCCUGUCGUCCCUCCCAUGAGUCCCUCAGGUGAGAGAAGUUCAUCGCACUGGGCUGUCUGCCUGCCUUUGCUUGAAGUGCACCAGUGGAAACCAUGACUGUAUCGUUUAACCACUACAUGAAAGGCUUUAUUGCUUUUAUGUUAUAGUCACAUUAGGAACAUCAUAUACAUUCCAGGAUUUUAAUCCCAUUUUAGUUUUCCAAUUUUAAAAGGUUGGUGUUUGCAUGACAAAUCCACUCAUAGUGACAGUGUGAAGUGUCGUGGACACACACAGCUAACAUCCUACAGUACAGACUGAGUCCAAUGACUGAAGUGGUUAGACAGAUCAGAUCAGUUUGAUCAUCACAAUUACCCAGAUUGUUUUAUUUGUCUACAUCUUGAUUGUUUCUGAGAUUUAUGCCUUCUUCCACAUACAAUGCAGGACAAUGAAUAUCACAACUAAAAGAAAUUAAGAAGAUAUGAUUUGUUUUAAUGUGGGUGAACAAGGCCCUUUAAAAAAGGGUAUGUGAGUUGAAGGCUGCCCUGUAUGUAAAAAAGAGUGCAAACAUAAUAGAUACAAAUAAAUAUAUAUAUUGUUGCCCAGUGCCCAAUGAGAUGCCAGUAUGGCUGCCGGAGUCCCACAUUUCCCUGAUCUUGUUUUGUAUUUUGAGAAGCAUUUUAUGUUCAGUAUUAUUGUCCAUACACAAGCCUAAUUUUACUGUUCAGGAUGCCUUGAGAGCACUUGGCAGACACAGGGCUGAGUUACCUGUUCUCAUGAAGCUAGUUGGUGAGAUCAGGAAUGCGUUGACACUGCUUUAAAUCAGUCUAAUGUGAGAACAGAACAGAUGAUCAAACAGGUUUUAAAGAUCCAAUCAAUAUUUUUAUAUCAACAAUUGGUCAAACGACAACUCAUGACCCCACAGAGAAUUAUCACUAUCACUUGCAGUUCCCUUCAGCUCAAUAACAUGUUAAAGCAUCUUUUAAUUCCUUAAUAACAUAACGUGUCUUAUCUGUGUGAGGUUCAGAAAGUUUGGGAGUUCUCUUCUCAAGUAGCCAAAUAAAAUUGGUUCAAUGCUGCGUUAAACAAAUAUAUAACCAAAUAGGACAACCAAACAUUCUAGGAAGAGAAAAUGAAGGAUUCGGGGAGAAUAAUCACCCGCACUCUCAGUUGUAAACUUUGACUUGCAGUUUUGGAGUACAAACUUUUAAUUUUACCUCCAAAUAAUCAGUAUCUUGUUUACGGCCCGUCUCGUUGUCUGAUAGCUAGUUCUUGACCUCGGACUUAGUGGCAGCGGUGUUCCCAUGCUCCCAGAUCUGAGUAGCUACAAAGUUACAUGUAAGUUUAACAGAGAGAAAAGAUCAACAAUCAUGAAUACAACACCCACUGAACCAAAAUUAUCCUGUAAAAUGUGGAUUUAAAACAACAUUUGAUGUGUGCUGUCUUUAGUUGGCUCUCUCUUUACACUCCAACACUCCAUUGCUAUUUAUUUCAGAAUUUUUUUUAUAGUUUUGUGAACAUUUUCACUAAUCACCUCACACUCCAGCAGGAUGAUGGAUGUAUAUUAGUUCUCUGUGUUCAGGUCGGCUUAUCAUGUGUUGUAACUCCGUACCUUUCUGUUCACGUCUACUCUCUUUAUCUGACUGUCUGUUCGCCAUCUGUGCUCUUAUUUUUACUCUCUCUCUCUCUCUCUCUCUCUCUCUCUCUCUCUCUCUCUCUCUCUCGCUCACUCUCUCUCUCUCUCUUGCCUUCUCACUCUGAAACCAUGAGAAAGUGCUUUUUGAAAUCUUGUCUGUAUUGCACUGGAGCUUUAGAAUCUACCUACCACAAAAGUUUUAUGUACAUGCACCUUUUUGUUGUUCGUUUUAGUUUUUUACACUUAUUCAGCAUUGCACUUUGUGUUGAUCUCAAUGUGGUUAAAAUCACUAUCAGAUAUACAAGUGAAGUCCAAAUGGAAGAUACUUAGAUUUAUAUAAUAACAGAUGUUUUUUGUAUUCUAUAAUGAAUCUACUAUCUCAAUUAUUGUAAUGUCAUGUAGAAAAACUCUUAAAUCAGACAUAUACAAAUUGUGGAAGUAGAUGAGCCAGUUAGCUUGUGAGACUCAGUCCAGCUCUUAUUAGCCAGUGAUAAGCAGUAGAUGAGUAAAAGCCUACAGUAACUGUGUGGCCAGGCUGAUAAAGCUGUUAAUUUAAGUCCCAUCGUGGCAUACAUUGGUAAAACACCUGAUAACCAGCAGUCAUCUCUCCUUUAAUAGAUGUGGUGAGUUAAAUGCCAUCAGACAUGAGGGUGCAAGAGCUUAAUUACCGUCAGCUCUCAAAGGAGGGGAGGAAGCUUUUAUUUACCUCUGCUCCAGAGAAUGACAGCUCUUUAUCUACGGUAUCCUGUUUCAUAUGUUUAUUUUUUUAAAUCAUAUUUUAGGAAGAACAUUUCCUGUUUUUUUAUAUGUUCCUGUUUUCAAAGUUUAUUCCAUGUUUAUCUGUAGGAUAAUCCGUAGCAAUAACUCCAUUAGUGAAAUAACAAAGUGAAGUCUGCUGCUAGCUUUUCUCCGAAGGUUUACAUUAAAAACUGUCCAGCUGCUCAAAGUUCAUAGAGUUUCUUUUCUCCUUUGCUAAGUUUAACAACUGCCAUUAGAAAUUUCCAAAAUUGCGACUCCCAUGUAUUUUUGCAAAAACUGCAAUACAAUCACAUUGCUUAAAAAUUGCUCUGCUCAGAAUUCUAUAAUUUACAGCUUAUAUCAGUUUAUGUUUAGAUUUGGGCUCAUUUAUUGCCCAAUUUAUCAUUUUGACUCUGACCAAUAAUCAACAGCAGCCAAGGCCCGUGGGUGUUGUAGUAUUUGGAGCCACCCACCACCACAAAACAACAUGAGAGAGUCUUGCUUCAGUUAUAAGCAUUGUAUUAUCUCAGAGAGUCGUGUGUAGAGAGCACUGUAGACUCCCUGCUUUGAAACGUUUGAUGUGCUGAGCAGCAAAGACAGUAAUUUAACCAUUCUCAAAACUAGCAAAGCAGAGGGGAAUGGGAUUAAUUAGUAAAUGAAAAGUAUUUCUGUUAAAAGACAACUUUUCAGCAGAGUAGUGGGUGUGACAUUACUCUUUUGUGUUACUGGUGGCUUUAUUGCUUCAUCUCAGCACAGGUAUUUUGACCACACUUCAACCUUUAGCUGAUUUUACGAGUGAGCAGCCUUUAUUUAUUCAGCUCUUAUUUGAAUACCAGCUUCGAUUUGAGAAUGAAUGGUACUCAGAAAUAUUAUUAUGACAGAGACCUUCUUUUCCCUCCAGACUUGUGUGCAUCUCAUAGUUUUGAUUUACUUAUAAUGUGAAAAGACACAACUUCAGACCUAAACUCAGGUUUGGGUGUUUGUCCCAGUAUGUACUCAAUGGACUACAUUCUUAUUCUAUGUGAUAUAAUUUCAUCUUCUAUUGUAAGUGGACAAAUUCUACUUUAUAUUUAAUGGAAAGAAAAUAAAUAAGAUGUAUUGGAUACUUACUGUUGGCUUGCAAUUGCUAAGAUGUUCAACGUGUUGCAUGAUAAUUACUUCUUUACUUUCUAAAGAUUGUUAUCAUGGAUUGUGGAUACUGGGGAGCUCUUAGCACAAGGUGCUGUCUGCAACACAGUCACAGUACAUCACAGAAAAGAAAGGUCAUCAGAUUAUUUAAUCCUGCAUCCAGUCUCUAGAAUAUAACAGGGGAAAACUUGUUUGAAGAGAUUUUUUCUAUAAAUGUAGUUACUAUAAAACAACAGGAAGAAUCCAUAUGAACUUCAUUUCCAAAGUGUUUGACUUUUUUAGAAUUGAGACUGGAAGCAAGAUUACCCUGUUUCAAAGUAUUGUUUGUUUUACAGUUUCUCUAUGAAUGACUUGUUUAUACCCUAAAACAAGAACACUGUACCUCUGAUUGCCUUUCCACAAGAGUCUCUCCUCAGUAUUCAUUUUACAACCAACUUGUAGGUGAAGGAAAAUGGCUGCGCAGUUCUGUGUUAUUUUUUUUUUCAGUAGCAUAAUUUAUGCAAAUAGUGUUUUAUAAAUGUUGUAAAUUAAUAUAUUAAUAAAUAUAUUGAGUAAAUAAAUGACAAGCAAA